GAAUAUUUAACAAAUUUCAUUAUGUCCAGAGGCAAAGGGUAUUCCCCGAAAACCGGAAACACCCGUACACACCGAUACUUUCCCUUUAGUAGAAAAAUCAAGACGGGCUGACGAUAGAUACCUUCUUGGUGGAACGUUAGCCAUCCAUAUAAGACAACAGAGCAAUGAAGGCCUCGUUGAUAAUAAGGUUUACGAACACUGUACUGAACGGACCCGAGAUCCGGGAUUUGGAGAUUCCGUUAUCGAUAAAUUUCGAUAAGGACGAUAUCAAUAAAUUAGUUAAUACAACCUGGUUAAAAGUGAUAAUCAGAAACAAAGUGCCGGUUAGUGAAAGGAGAAGAUUAAGGCUUAUUUAUAAUGGACGGGUUUUGAAUCAAACGACUAAUUUCCGUAAAGAUGUCUUUGAGCCAAAACUUCGACAAAUGGAAGCAAAUAGUGAAGAAGAAGGUGAUGAAGAAAUGAAAGUUUACAUUCAUUGUGUUAUUGGGGAUGAAUUGACGUAUUCACAGUUGAACGAAGAGAACCAAUUGGAUAAUAGACCACAACAGGUUAGUACCACGCCUGAUAUAAUUGGAUUUGAUCGAUUAUUACAACAGGGGUUCAGCCAAGAUGAUAUAAACGAUUUAAGAAGACAGUUCCAUUCAAUCUACAUGCCCAAUUUAUUUGAAUCCCGAAAUGGUGGGGUUGAUAGUAUUAACGACGUCGAAGAAGAAGAAAGAAGACAACGGUUAAUCAGUGAAUUAGAAGAGCGAUGGAUCGAGUCCACCAUAAAUAAUAACCCCACCAAUGAAACAAGCAAUCGACCUCCAACUACAGCUGGACCUGCUAGUGGGAAUGAACAAACACAAGCAGCCACCGCACCGGCAGCACCGUCCAAUGACGUUAGCGAUAUCAACAGCAACGAAGACUUACUACUAGGCUUGGGCUUGGGCAUCUUCUUGGGUGCCAUCAGCGUCAUUUUCAUUCUUCUUGACGACACCGUAUUCAACAAGAGACAGAAAAUGGCCGUCUUUGCUGGGGUCUUCAUCAACGUUUCCUUUGCCAUUGUCCGGGGGCAAUGGAUAUAGGUAUAAAUACUCAUACAUACAUCAUAAAUACACUCAUAAAUUCAUAAAUACACUCAUAAAUUCAUAAAUACACUCAUAAUGCAUGUACUCAAUACAUAUCUACAUCUGUUUGACCUGCCGGCCCUCAGUCAUCUCUAUACGAUCCGAAGAUCCAAUCACUGAAAGGGCACUAAGAUGGUCGUUGGUCCAUCACUGGAUAUUAUUCUCGCCGAGAACUUGACGCUCGCCAACUCGUAGGGAUAUCUGAAAAAGACAA